GCGUGCCGCUUUCUGUCGUCUGCGAGUGCUGCUUCGCCGUCGAUCGUGUUUACGUUCAUGAAUGGUCCCCCGCAGUCUUCUGAGAACGUCUGGCGGGGACAGAGCGCGAUAAGGGUCGUUUGCGUAACCUCUUCUCCUUGAGAUGUACUCGUUCUACUUUAAGUUCUACUUGUUUACGACUCUAUCAGUGUGUACGAUGGCUCAAAGCGAUCCAAGAAUCCCAAAUUUGCAGGACACAUUCACUCCUGUCGGUUCACAACUGUCUGGAAUAUAUAAGCGAAGUUACGCUCACGUGACAAUCAGGGACAGAUUGCCGGUGAUAUUAACGAAAAUCAUUGAUACGUUGUGCCAGAAUAAAAGCAGAAUCAUAGAUACGUACAGUGAGGAUGCCGAAAAAGAUAUCAAAGAGAUCAUAGGAUUCAUAAGUCAACUGAAAAAUGAGAUAGUCACUAACAAGGCCUUGAAGCCACUGCAUUUAAAUACCAAAGCAGCUAGUAAUGACGCAGAGGAAUGGAAUAAAUAUCUAGAGUGCAGAACGUGCGUAGAAGGUGGAGCACCGACAUGGUUCAACACCGCCUGGUUGUACUGCGAAUGCUACAUGUAUCGUGUAUUAGCUCAAGAAAUUGGUUUGAUGAAUAUCAUGCGCAAUUACGAUCCGUUCGAGUAUCAAAAGCAAGCGGAUUUUAUCAACUCCAUCGAGUCUAUGGACUUAAUGAUUGCCUUGUAUAUAAAAGACAUAAUAUGUAAUAAGGAAUACAAUAAGGGAAACUCGAGGAAUGACUUUCUGAAAUUUUUGAAAUUGAGCUUGUGGGGCAACAGGCACGAUCUAUCUGCAACUGCAGGAGCCCCUAGUAGCCAGACUGGUAAUCCGCUCGUUAUAGUGGAGUCUCUAAACGAGAAUAUAGUGGUAAACGAUUGGGAGAGUGUGUGGGAUAUCGUGAACAAAAAGAUGAAGGAAAACGAUAAUGUUCACAUAGUACUUGAUAACGCGGGAUACGAACUCUUCACCGAUCUAUGUUUAGCCGCUUUUCUGGUUACUAUUGUACCUACGACUAGGAUAACGUUUCACGCAAAAUUGUACCCGUGGUACGUGAGUGAUACAACUGUUCGUGACUUUCUCUGGACAUUAGAUUACAUGAACAGCCUGAACAGUUAUCCAAAUAUGCAAUUAUUGGGUAAGACGUUCAAGAAUCUACUGGACCAGGAAAUUUGGCGUGUCAAGGACGAGCCUUAUUGGACGGGACCGUAUGAUUAUACGCAAAUGAAAGAAAAAGAGAGAAAUAUAUAUGCUCAAUUGUCCGACGCUAAAUUGGUAAUAUUUAAGGGUGAUCUGAAUUACAGAAAACUUCUGGGUGAUGUAAAUUUCGAAUAUAAUACAAGCUUUGCAGCUGCACUGGGAAGUUUUCGACCUACGAAUAUUUUGAGCUUGCGCACUAUGAAAUCCGAUAUUUGUGUCGGAUUGCCAAAUGACGUAGCUGAAUUCUUUGAUCAGCACAAAGAUAAACUGAUAACCGGAGAGUAUGGUCUUAUUCAAGCAGCUUUAUUUAAAAUCUAAAGUAUAUCAGAUCUCUUUGUAAAAUAAAAAUAAAAUCGUUGAUUUAUGAUAAUUGUUGAACAUCUUUGAAUUAUGAUAAUCGUAAUUACUUACGUUUAUCACACUGUAUAAAUAUACGAAAUUAUAUAGCACGAUAUUUGUACAUAUUGUACACAGAUAUGCACGAGAAUAUUUAUCUAUGUGUAAAAUAAUAUUUUGAAAA